AUGGGACAUCCACAGUCCCUACCCCGCGAAAUCGCCUUCGUAGGCGUCCUCUGCAUGGCCCAGCUCAUGACACAAGCCGCUCUUGGCCAAUCAAUUGCUCCUUUACAUAUAAUAGGCGAUAGUUUCAACAUCACAUCUCCAGGCCAACUGUCCUGGAUUCCAGCUGCUUAUUCUCUAACUGUGGGGACUUUCAUCCUGAUUGCUGGCCGGCUUGGGGAUCUGUAUGGACACAAACGCUUCUUCAUAGCCGGCUUCCUGUGGUUCGGUUUCUGGAGCUUGAUGGCAGGAUUCACUGUCUAUGUGCAACGAGGCGGCGGUAAAGGAGUCAUAUUCUUCGAUAUCUGCCGAGCUCUUCAAGGAAUUGGGCCUGCGUUCUUACUCCCGAAUGCAAUUGCAAUCCUCGGGAGAACGUAUGCACCAGGCAGGAGACAAGAAAUGGUAUUCAGUCUCUUCGGCGCCACAGCACCGACCGGAUUUACUCUUGGUGCCAUUUUCUCUAGCUUAUUCGCCCAGCGCGUCUGGUGGCCAUGGGCAUUUUGGGUCAUGGGAAUAAUUUGUUUCCUCCUCGCCAUAGCAGGUUACUUCGCAAUCCCGCACACGCCCUCCCCCCAUCUCUCCGGGGGAAAGGACGGUAUCACGGCCUGGGCGAGAGUUGAUGGCUGGGGCUCCAUAACCGGCAUCACGGCACUAGUCCUCAUAAACUUCGCCUGGAACCAGGGGCCGGUCGUUGGCUGGAAAACACCCUACACGUACAUCCUCCUCAUAGUCGGAUUCCUCUUUCUCUCGCUCUUCGGGUUCAUCGAGUCCCGCGCCACGUUUCCGCUCAUCCCCCGAGAUGCAUUAUCAACAGAUACAGCAUUCGUACUAGGCUGCGUCGCAGCUGGGUGGUCCAGCUUUGGGAUAUGGGUCUACUACCUCUGGCAAUUCUGCGAAGAGCUCAAGCACGCCUCCCCUUUGCUGACGUCCGCGUACUUCGUGCCCACCACCGUCUCCGGCUUCUUCGCGGCGCUCACUACUGGCAUGAUACUGCAUCGUGUCCCUGCGUCGUUCGUCAUGCUGAUAGCUAUGCUUGCGUUCAUGACUGGCACGAUUCUCGUCGUUACCGCCCCUGUCAGCCAAAUAUAUUGGGCGCAGAUUUUUGUAGCGGUGGUUGUCAUGCCCUGGGGAAUGGAUAUGAGUUUCCCGGCUGCGACGAUACUGUUGAGUAAUAGGAUGAGGAGGGAGGAACAAGGUGUAGCAGCUAGUUUGGUGAACACAAUUAUUAAUUACAGUAUUUCCAUUGGGCUUGGGAUGGCGGGGACUAUUGAAGGGAGAGUUGGGGGAACGGGGCAGGAGGGUUUGUUGAGGGGGUAUAGAGGGGCGCUGUAUUUUGGGCUUGGGAUUAGUGGGUUGGGGGUCUUGACUGCUUUGGCGUUUGGUACGAGCCAUUUUUUGAGGGCGAGGGGAGACGAGACGAGGAGUGCUAAUGUUAGAUCAAGGGAGAGGUCCUCUCUUGAAGCAUAG